AUGGGCGACACGGCUCCCCCCCAGGCCGCGGGGCUGGGGGCCGGGCUGCUGGGGGGGGGCCCGGCGGCGCCCCGGGUGCACAGCGCCAUCGUCGAGCGGCUGCGGGCCCGCAUCGCCGUCUGCCGCCAGCACCACCUCAGCUGCGAGGGGCGCUACGAGCGGGGCCGCGCCGAGAGCUCCGACCGCGAGCGGGAGAGCACCUUGCAGCUCCUCCACCUCGUGCAGCAGGGGCAGGGCGCCCGCAAGGCCGGCAAGCACCCCAAGGCGGCCGCCGCCGGCGGCUCGGCCACCCCCUCCGCCGCCGCCGCCGCCGCCGCGCCCCCGGACUACCACCAGCACCUCCUCAGCAACGGCGGCAUCAACGGGGAGCAGCCGGCGGGGGAGCAGCGCGCCUCGGCCCUCCUGGCGCUCCAAGGCUCCUUGAAGAGAAAGUUGGUGGUAAAUCUGUCGCCUGUCAACAACAAGAGGCCCAAUGGUGUUUCAGAGAGCUCUUUCCUUGACAUUAAGAGGAUAAGAGUGGGUGAUAAUAUUUCAGUGGGACAAGGUGGACAACAUGUUAACAAUUGCCAAAGCCAGUCAAUGUCAGGAAAUAUGUCUGUGGGGCAAGGAUCUCAAAGAAAGGCCAGCAACCUAGCAAACAAUACACAUGCUAGUGGGAAUGGCAUGUUUAAUAUGACUUUGAAAGAGGUAAAGAAAGAACCAGGAGAAACGAUGUCCUGCAGCAAACACUUAGAUGGCCAGACAUCCCAUGAGAACAUGUUCCCUAACAGAUAUGGGGAAGACUCGUGGGAACAAAUGAUGGAUCUGGAGCUUCAGGAACUAUUUAAUGAACUGACUAACAUAUCAGUGCCACCAAUGAGUGAUCUUGAGCUAGAGAAUAUGAUAAAUGCCACGAUAAAACAAGAUGAGCCAUUCAACAUUGACCUUGGACAGCAGAGCCAGAGGGGCCCAGUGAGAUCUCUGCAGAUGGAUAAGAUGGUGAUAAAGAGUGAAUAUGCACCAGGCAUGAAUCAGGCUUCUGUGGGCUCCCCACAGAUGAGGCCUUCUUCUACAGGUCCAGCCUUCACUAUGGCCACCGCUGCCAUGUCCACCUCUUCACCCAUCCCUUCGGUGCCUCAGAGUCAAACACAGGUAUCACAGGUUUCUUCUGCGUCCAGUCGGCCAUUGCCUAACUGGCAAGAGGUGUCUCAUGCACAGCAGCUCAAACAGAUCGCAGCAAACCGGCAGCAGCAUGCCUUGAUUCAGCAGCAACAGCAGCAGCAGAACCAGACAGCCAGCUGGUCCACCUUGUCUCCAUCAGGACCUUCUCCUGGACCCUUUGUGCAAGAGAAAAUCCCCAGUCCUUCUUUUCGCCAGCAGCAGUUCAGCCCACAAAGCUCAGCAAUGCUUGGGGUACCAGUGAAUGGAACCCAGUCGAAAGGGAUGAACAACUAUGUUUAUAAACCAACCACUCCCCAGAGCAAUCCCAUGGACGUAAUCAUGCAACAAAAGCCUCAGGACCUCAACAGAAACUUUAUCAACAGCGCUCAGCCACCACUAGAGCAGCAUCAUGGCAACACAAAGCCUUUGUUUCACUUUAACUCAGAGCAAACAAACCAGCAGAUGCCUUCAGUUUUGGGUUCCCAAAACAAGCCUGCCCUUCUGCACUACACGCAGCAGGCACAGGGUUCAGCCCCUGUGCAACAGCCACAGCAACAGCAGCAACAACAGCCACAGCCGCAACCUGCUCAGCCUCUCCCGAACCAGUCUCUUCAAAGGCCACCUAAUGUACCCCUAGCAAUGCAGCAAAAAAUGAUGCUUCAGAAAAUGCAGCAAAGCCAGCAAAUCUCAGGUUUGCAGUAUCCAGUCUCUCAGCAGCACAGACAGGAUCAACACUCUGUGGUAGGCCAGGGAGCUGGCCCCACUCCAAGCUCCAGUUCUUGCUCAAAUCCAAACACUGGAAGUGGUUACAUGAACUCAUCCCAGCAAUCAAUGUUGAAUCAGCAACUGAUGGAAAAGAAACAGGCUCUGCAACGGCAAAUGAUGGAGCAAAAACAACUCCUUCUACAGCAGCAGAUGUUGGCAGAAGCCGAGAAAAUCACUCCACAAGAUCAGCUGAACAGACACUUGACACGACCACCACCAGAUUAUAAAGACCAAAGAAGGAACGUGGUCAACAUGCAACAAGCAAACCAAUAUCCUGGUGGUUCACCAGCUGUGAGUAUGAGCUCCAACAACAUGUCCUUAUCCAACCCAAUUUCAACUCAUAGCAUCAUGCCCCAGAGCUCCAGCCUCAUGUCCACCCCUGCUGGGACCCGAAUGCCUUCUGUUCCUGCCGCUCGGAGUAUGGGCUGCUACGGGAACCUUCCUUGCAACCAACCAAGUGCAUACAAUGUGAGUUCAGGAAUGAACCAAAUGCAGCCACACAGAAACCAGAAUCAAGUCCUGCCCAGUCAGAGUAACCCCAUGAUGUCUCGACAGCAAACCAUGACGCAGGGAAACAACGUAGCGGCUUUUGGGACGGGGUCGGUGGUCAACUCGCAGCAAGUAAGGCCAAGCUUGAACCAAGGAGCCACAGGUAUCCCCACGCAAAGGCCGGCCAACGUGAUGAUCACGGCUACUGCCACUGCCCAGAACUGGGCCCCGCAAGAAGCUGCAGUGAAGCAGCAGGAUGCACUGAAACCCGCAGGGGUCCGUUUCCCCACUGGCACUCCAUAUCCUAGCCAGUCUUUGCAACGCAACGUAGGCAACCAGCAUUUUCCUCAGCGCGCAUUGGCACCUCCUAAUCAGUUAACAGCGGGAGUCCAAAUGAGGCCUCCGCCAAACCAAAUGCACCAAACUCUAAAUGGACAUUCUGCUGGCUCACUACGAGGUCUCAGCGUAAGACCUAACCAGCAGAGAGGACAGACCGUGCCUACCUUGAAUCAGCCAGGAACGAGUAUGACACCUCCGUCAUCUCUGCCAUCAACCAGUUUCACAUCUACCAACCAAAACUCUCGGGCUUACCAAGGAAGUGACCAUGGUAAUGACCUAGCAUUUGACUUUCUGAACCAGCAAGGUGACAGUAUAGGACCUGCGCUCAACAGUGACUCAGACUUUAUAGAUUCUUUACUGAAAACGGAACCUGGUAACGAUGACUGGAUGAAAGACAUCAACCUCGAUGAAAUUUUGGGGAAUCACUCGUAA